AUGCUGCAGCGUUCAAUUUCAAUGCUCAGUGCUUGCAAAACUUCGUCUCCUCCAAAAUUUCUCAUACCCUUUACGAGAAGUCACUCCUUACUGAUACUCACAACCUUGUCUUUCACCACUCGUGGCAAUUCUCACUCUCCAAACCGCAAAAAAAUCCGAGCAUUUGGGACCGCCGCCGCCACCGAUAGAAACGGAAGCGACGCUGACACCUUCUUUGCGGAAGAAAGCGUUUCGUGGGCGUCUCUUGGUGUUUCGGAUGGCAUCUCUCGGGCUUUGUCUAAUGUUGGGCUCCAUAGACCUUCCUUGGUUCAGGCUGUCUGCAUACCAAGCAUACUCUCAGGAACCGAUGUGGUGGUUGCAGCAGAGACGGGUAGUGGCAAAACUCAUGGGUACUUGAUUCCUCUUGUAGAUAAGCUAUGUAGGACAUCAGAUGUUUCAGAAAGUGAUGUGGAUGAUCAAAAACUGAAGAAGCAUCGCCUGCUUUCCCUUGUACUCUGCCCAAAUGUAAUGCUGUGUGAGCAAGUGGUUCGUAUGGCUAACUCCCUCUGUGGUGAUAGCGGCGAACCACUUCUCAGAGUUGCCGCUAUUUGUGGCCGCCAGGGCUUGCCAUUUAAAGAACCAGAUAUAAUAGUUUCGACGCCGGUUGCGCUUCUGAAUUACCUUUAUGCAAUCGACACGGAAAAAUGUAGACGCGCUGACUUCAUACGCGGUGUCAAAUAUGUGGUUUUUGAUGAAGCAGACUUGCUUCUUUGUGGAAGUUUUCAGAAUCAAGUAAUUCGUCUUAUAAACAUGCUUCGAUUUGAUGAGAAGCAGUUAUCUUGCACGAGAAGUACAGAUUCUGGUGAACAAGACAUGAAUUCUGUUGCCCUGAAAGUCUCGGAUAUGGAAGAUGAAGAUUACCCGCAAACAGAUUCCAAUGUGAAAGAAGAAGACGAAGAUACUGACGAUAAUUCCGAAUUGGAGAAAACAGAAACCAAAUCUGGGUUUAUAAACAGAAAAGACUGGAGGAGGGUUAGAAAAAUAUAUGAACGCAGUAAGCAAUACAUAUUUGUUGCAGCAACACUUCCUGUGAAUGGGAAGAAAACUGCUGGAGGAGUAUUAAAAAGAAUGUUUCCUGAUGCCAAUUGGGUUAGCGGAAAUUAUCUCCAUUGCCAUAAUCCCAGGUUGGAACAGAGGUGGAUUGAAGUUACAACUGAUAGUCAGGUGGAUGCUCUCAUAAAUGCUGUUAAUGAUGGACUGAGUUCUUCCGUGGAUUCUAGUUCUGGAGUAGUUAGAACCAUGGUGUUUGCUAACACUGUUGAGGCUGUUGAAGCUGUUGCUAAGAUCUUGACGGGAGCUGGAGUUGAAUGUUCCCGUUUCCAUAGUGACGUCUCUCCAGAAGAGCGUACCAGGAAUCUUGUUAGUUUCCAGCAGAAAGGUGGCGUUUUUGUGUGCACGGAUGCUGCCUCUCGUGGACUUGAUAUCCCACAUGUUUCACAUGUUAUUCAGGCAGAAUUUGCUUCUUCCGCGGUAGAUUUUUUGCAUAGAGUGGGUCGUACAGCUAGAGCAGGUCAACCUGGCCUUGUUACCAGCCUGUAUACAGAAGCAAGCCAUGAACUCGUUUCUGCAGUUCGUCAGGCUGAGAAGCUUGGUCUGACCAUGGAGAAGGCUUUUAGCAGAAAAAGGAGCUUCCGAAAUAAGCUUAAGAAGAGAGGUUUCAGUAAAAGCAGCAAUGCACCAUCCGUUUCCUCGGGAGUUCUAGCAUGA